CGGAAAAAAAAUGAAAUGAACCGGUUGUGUGUUUUUGAUUUGCAAUUGUAUUUAACAAAAGAGCCGAUUUGGAGCAGUUACUAGAUAGUGUAUUUUAGAUUUUUACAACCUUAUCGCCAGGGAGAACCAUGGAUUCAAAUAAUCGCGUUAAAACCAUUGCUUUACCAGGCCAAUGCUUUGAAAAAGGAGCCGCCUGUACCUGGAGAAGUGGUAACAAGUUCGCUAUAUAUCCUAGAAGUCAAUCAGUUAGCAAAACUCCUACAAACGUGCCUGAAAAUAAAAUCUUGAUUAUCCAGCGAGAAAUAUUACUUUUCACGCCAAUUCUACGUAAACUAGUGAAUGAAUCUAAUGGCACAUUCUUGUCCUUGCAAAAAGUGGCCGAAGCGGCGAAAACAACCGACAAUCAGGUGGAGUUCUUAAAACUUUCGCGUCAAUAUCGUUCGAUUAUCAGAGUAUGCAUCGAAAACUUACAGGAAGCCGCUGGAAAGGAAUCAGACGGCGUGGCAAAGAAUAAUCUACUUUCGCAAAUAACAAUUUUCUAUUCUAUUGAAUGUAUAUGGCACUUAUGUGAAAUACUUUAUAUUGACAAUGUACCUGGUGAUGUUGUACUACCCUUUUUACUAGAAUGGGUUCGGUUCCACUUUCCCUGCCAUGAACAGAUCGCUGCUCAGUUGCUGGAGUCCUGUGAACGAGGUUCCGAAGACCAUCCAGAGUACUGGGACACUGUCAUUGGGAUGGUGGUACAGGGAAGAGUGGAUGUUGCCCGUGCAUUGAUGAAGUUGCACUCAGCGGCAGACAGCAACGAGUUUAAACUAGUUGAUAAUUCUUUGAGAAGUAUGCCAGUCUAUAGUGUGUAUGGAGGCAUAUCAACAGGAGAGUUCACUAUAUCCUGGAAGCACUGGCAAGCAGAAUGUAGGUCCAAACUCAGCAGUAGGGUGCUUGCCUCGCAGCCUCAGUUGGAGCUGAUUAUGAGAGCGCACCUGGCGCUGCGCUCGCACGCGCGCCGCGGCCGCCUGCCCGCCGCCGACCUGCUGCUGUCCGCCGGCGCCGCGCUGCUGCUGGCCGACCCGCUGCUCUUCCUGGGCAAAUACUGUGAUUUCCACAGACUGUAUAAGAACAGGGAGUUCAAGAAAGCUGCAAAACUCUUAGUGUCUCUGAUUACAUCAAAAAUCGCACCAGACUAUUUUUGGGAAACCCUUCUCCUGGACACUUUGCCCCUUUUGGAGUCGGACGAGCCCGUAUUCUCAUCAUCGGACACGUUCGAGAUUAUGCUCUGCCUUGAACUUCGCUCCGGUGUCUUGAAUGGUGAGAAGGCUGACCUGCUGCGAUUGGCAUUGGCCAGGAACCUCGCGAGGACCUCUUUAUGCGACGUAGAAGAGGGGGAAUGAUCCAAGUUGUCAAUUUAGUUAUAAGCUAGUUAAUUUUGCUUACGACUUGACUUAUGAUCGAAACCGACGCAUUAAACCGACAAUUUUAUAUACAAUUGUGUCCGAAAUGUGUUCGCUUUCUAUCACAUUUUGAUUUGUCUGACUCAACCCAAGCACAGCUUUUACGCAAAAAUGGAAGUGGCGAGAAAAGUUUCGCCGCUUCAGUAACGAGGCUUAGUGUAUUUAGGCGAACCAGAAACAUUGAGAAUUUUUCAUAAGGAACAUUUUUUCCAAUAAUGCGCCUGUAAAUUUUUGUGUAAGGGAUGACUAAUACGAAUUUUUAUGGAAUGACUGCCUUCUGGUGUAUGCCAAAAACAGUCUGCAGAAGAAUGGUUUAAUGUCAAGUUUGUUAGUAAUAAGUGUAUCGUAAUUAUAUUAAGAUUGGCUGGUCCAGUUGGUUUUGGAAUCUAUCACAACAGAAGGUCGAGAUGUAAAUUUUUUAUAAUUAAUGGAUAAGUAAACAAAGACUGCAAUAAUUGUUAUGUACUAAGUUGUGAUAGGUAGCCAAAUGUUAAGUAAGAAAGAACUAGAUACCUAUUCAUUUCUACGUGUUCCAUACACGUGUCAAAUGGAGCUUGCAUGGCGAGAUCAGCUUACAUACUUCCGUUCUUUUCAAAAUAAUCCUACCAUGCUGCCAUGAUAUUCUUUAAGACGCCGCGCAAACGCGUGUCUUGUGUUGGUUACAAGCAACUGGCGACUAGAAACAAACAUUUUAUUAUUCAAUUUGUAUGAAAAUAGAAUAUUCGCUUCUAGUUGCCGGUUGCUUGUAUCAAACACAAGAUAUAUAGCUUGCGCGGCGCCUAACUUAACGUGUUGUAAUUUGGGGUUGUACCGUUUUUAUUAUGGAGUAUCAGUCAACAAGUUUCAGUAUCCGCAGUGGCCGCACAGCUCAGCACCACAUGAUCGCCUGAUCUGAUGCAUGUAUAUGUACGUAUGUAACAGCAUUACAAAGCACAGUCAGGAUAGUAGUAAAAAUAUGAUCAUUAUUGUACAACCAAUCAAUUACAGACGCCAUCUUCACUGUGCUAUAUAUAAUAUGUACUACGGUAUGACUUCACAGAUUGGUUUAUUAAAGAAUAUUAAGUUUUGUUAUUGUUGUAAAUAAAAGAAAUAUCCUUCUUAUGAUUUUUCGCCUAUGUAAGUAUCCAAUAAUCCACACAAUUUUUGAUGUAAUAACUGUAUGUAAGUUUUAGUACAUACGUAAGUAUUAUAAGAUUUUGAUAACCGCUUUUGUUAUUAUUACGUAGUGUGAGAUUUAAAAAUAUAGAAUCUUUCUUUAAUGUAACACUAUCCCUAGUUUGCUAAUUUUAUACCUAAGCUGUAUUGAGCAACGUAUGCUAAGUUUCAUGACAUCAUUAACUCCCGUGUUAUUUGGGUGUCACAUUUUGUUAAAUGAUGGUAGCCACUUGUGUACAUGGUAGUCAACAUUAUUUCAAAUGGAUACCUACUAUUAUCACUGGAAUCAUUUCAUUAAAGGUGUUUCCAAAAUUUGUUCAGCCCUGUGUGUAAUUCUGGAUCUUAAGUGAUUUCUCAGAUUACACACUGAGCUACCUAGGUCAUCAAGAAAUAGAAAGAGUACAUAGAAUUGAUUUUGUCAUGCGCCCAUACAGAAAUUCAUCCAAUACAUGAUUAUAAAUAUCUGCCCAAAUAUCACAAAUUUUUGUAAAUUGUUAUGAAACCUAUGAUACAAUGUACACACACAUAAUAAACUGAAAGUGGGAUGAUGUUGAUAGAAUGUGUGUUGCUGCAUUUUGUAAUAAACAAUAUUUU